GUUGAAUUCGUGUUGGUUCUGCAUUCACUGCGUGAACACGUGUUUACUUGCGGGAACGUCAAGUUUACGCCACUCAGCCACUUCGCCUCCUUUAAGUCGCUGCGUUGACCUGUCUUCCCCAAAAGGUAGACACGUUCGUUAAACCACGGGCUCCGAUCUUUCUUGCUGUGUCCUUGCCGAUUUCGACCAAAAAAACAACUUCGAACUGGCCACAAUGAGUUCCCCAAUGACUCAACCAGGAUCACCAGGCAUGUUGCGUCGUUCUAUGAGCGGAAGUUCAGGAUUAAACAACUUGGCAAAGUCAUCAAGUUUCAUCCGUCGGAAUAACGAUCGUGAUGGAAUGGGUAACAACGUUGGAGUCAGCCCAGGUGGCAGCAACGCAGCUUAUCGCGCUUCCUUAGUCUCACACUACGCUGAAGAUUUGGAUAGACGUCGUCGCGCUGAACGAGCCGUUGAAGAUAUUCGUACUGAUGGAAUGACUUCUGAAAAUCUGAAGAUUGAUUCGGUUGAGUUGUAUUCUCGAGACAAUGCCCGUGAACAUCGCACUGACCGCUAUGAAUUGGUUCGGGACACUGGCAGGGACAUUGGUUCAUCUUCUUCCAUGGCUAUGUCUAUGUCGAUGACUAACAUGUCAUCCUUGUCGUCGAUGGACUAUCGUUCACCUUCGUCUUCUUUUUCGACGACCGUUCUUCGUCGUGGUCAGCCAUUUUUCAUGGCCGUCCGCAUGAAGGAUCGCAACUUUGAUCCUCGUCGCGAUAUUCUGCGCGCUUCCUUCAGCUUCGGUCCCAACCCUCAGGUGACCAAGGGAACCAAAGUUGUCUUGCCUUUCCGUGUGACUCAGCGGGACUUUAGCCGUGCCCCACAAAAAUGGGACAUGCGUCUGCAUCAACAGGAGGGUUUUAACAUCACCUUCCAGGUCCAUAUUCCUGCCAACGCUCUAGUCGGACUUUGGCGUGUCAACAUCGAAACCACCACGACAACACCUGGAGCACGCGUUGAUGAAUUCCGCUUCAAGGAUGAUAUCUACAUCUUGUUUAACCCCUUCUGCAGAGACGACCCAGUUUACUUGGACAGUGAGGAUUUACGUCGUGAAUACCUAAUGAACGAAACAGGAAAGGUGUUCGUGGGUACACAUCAUCGCCCCAAAGGUCGUCGUUGGGUCUACGGACAGUUCUCCGAUGUAGCAUUGCCAGCUGCCCAGCUUUUAUUGGAACAGUCCGGCUUGAAUCCCACUGAAAGAGGAAACCCUGUCCAAGUUGUCCGUGCCAUCGCCUCCAUCAUCAACGCCAAUGAUGGAUUUGGUUUGUUGGAAGGCAAAUGGGAGGGCUCCUUUGAAGAUGGAGUGUGCCCAUGGGUAUGGACUGGAAGCUCAAAAAUUUUCGAGCAUUACCUACGAAACGGAUCGAAGCCAGUAAAAUACGGACAAUGUUGGGUGUUCGCUGCUGUAGCUACUUCCAUCUUCCGUGCCUUGGGUAUUCCUUCUCGCCCCGUGACCAAUUUCGUCUCCGCACGUGAUACCAACCACACCCUGUCGAUCGACAAGUACUUCGAUGUAUUUGGAGAUGAAAUGAAAGGUGGACCAGAUGGGGAUAACCAAGAUGCCUUGUGGAACUUCCAUGCCUGGACUGAAGUAUGGAUGUCACGACCGGAUCUGCAAGCCGGUUUCAAUGGCUGGCAGGCUAUCGACCCAACCCCUCCUCCUCAGUUCUGGCAGAACAACUCCGGGGGUAAGUUUUCUAUCAAUUUAAAUAAAUUUUCCCAAGAGAUUAACCAAAACACUUUGUGGUUUUCAGAUCAAAAGAGCCGCGGACCGUGGGCUGUUGAAGCUUUCCGCCGAGGUCCCUCAUCCGUUGAAUCCGUACGCCGAGGUGAAGUGGGAUUCGCAUACGACACCCCAUAUCUCUUCGCCGAAGUCAAUGCUGAAGUCAGCCACUUCCAAGAGGACGAGACUUCUCACUGGGGAUUCAGGAAGAUUCGUGUCAACAAUUACCAUGUUGGCCGCAUGAUCCUAACUAAGCGACCAGGCGCGGACGAUGAUGUCAGUGAUGCCGACGCAGAAGAUAUCACGAGCCUUUACAAGAACCCCGAUGGCAUGUCCCGCUAUCAAAAGCAAGGCGACGGAUGUUUCAACUCCCACUUCAACCAAGGAAUGUCAUCGCCAUAUUUGGAGAGGAGAGACAGAGAAAGGGAUAGGGAUAUGAUUCAUUACCCUGGCACAGUCCGUCGCCUUAGUAUUGCCGAUGUCGCUCGCAAACCAUGGUAUGAUGAAUCUCGCCAUUCAGUUGAUCCAGGAUCGGCGGCUGAACGUGUUUCAUCAAUGAACGCUGCCAGAAGCGUUGAGCGAUCGCAGCCAAUGUUUGACUCUCGCCCAGUUAACGAGGAUGUUUUCUUCGAUUUGAUCGAGCAAGACAAAGUUGCUUGGGGACAGCCAUUCAAUCUACAAGUUCACAUUCAGAACCGUUCCCAAGAAAUGCGAACCAUCACAGCCAACCUUUCUGCCAACUCUGUCUAUUACACCGGAGUUACUGCUCGUCGUCUUGGUCGCAAUGAUCGCCAGUUUGUCCUUCAACCAGGAGGCCGAGAAACUUUGCAAAUUCGCGUCAGCUGGGACGAGUACCGAGACAAGAUUGUUGACUAUGGUCACAUUAAAAUCUAUGCUAUGGCUACCGUACAGGAAACCAAACAGUCAUGGAGCGAGGAAGAUGACUUCCAGUUGGAGAAACCCAAGCUGGACAUUCAGAUCCGUGGAAACCCCCAAGUAGGUCAGGACUGCUUCGUAACAUUCAGCUUCAUGAACCCAGUAUCAGUUAGUCUGACUGAGUGCGAGUUCACGUUUGAAGGCCCUGGACUGGUUCGUCCUCAGACUCUCAAAUAUCGUGAUGUGAAACCGGGAGAGAUGAUCAGCUACGUCCAGAAAUUCAUCCCACGAUUCAGUGGCGAACGUAAGCUUGUUGCCACCUUCAACUCCCGCGAAUUAGGUGACAUUAUUGGCUCACGCCCAAUUCACGUUCGGGACUGAAACUCUUUAUCCGAACAAUGACAUUACUUUCAUGCUACGACCUGGACCUUGCAACCGACUUGCCCAUGGAAAGUGAAAGCAAAUUACUUAACAUAGCUGUGUGCCCAACUACACUUCCCUAAUCCUAUUUCAUUUAUUGUAUUCUCUCGACUAACAUUUUUAGUAAUUAUUGUAUUCAACUAACCACUGUUUCCUUCUAUGCUAAUGGUGAAGGCUUUGUUCUUACUGUUAUUCUCUUUUUAAGGUGAUGGUUUAGACAGCCAGAAUAAAUUUCAUCAAGCAACCAU